ACGUGCGUUGAUGGGUCGAGAAUGAGGGGAGGAGGGACGGGUGGCAGUGGCUGGGUAUUAUUCCCUAACACCCCCCGUCUGGCAGCAAAGAAUAUACCUUGGUGCUAUAUGAAGUGUUUUGUGUCCAUACAACACACUGCCGUAUUGCCUUGCCGUCGCAAACCACUCCUUGAUAUAUUCAUUUUUCACAAAUAUUUGUUAGUCGCGACCGCCAUGGUAGUGUUGUGAGAGGGAGGAAGGAAGGCAGGAGGGACUGCAGGCUUGACAUGCUUCGGCAGCUGGGGAAGGAGUAACUUCUCUUCCAAUGGGCAGGAAAGACUUCAGGUCAUGGCACCCAAGCUCACUCAUCUUGGCCACAAGCAAGGAACCACAAUAGAGGUGAUGUGUCAGCGAUGAAGUGAAAAGUCAUUAUAGUGACAUCCUGCGGCAGGAGUCAUCAAAAUGGAUGAGUUUCAGCGCACCUCCAUUGUGGCAUCGACGGCCCCAGUGACAUCGGUGCCAACGUCCUCUGUGACUGCAUACAACUACAGCGGCCUCGAGGAGUUUCUAGUGCCAACUCAGGUUCAAGUUGAUCUCGGGGGAAAUGUUGCACGCCAAAUAAGUCAACAGUUACAGCAUGUUCACUUUAGCAAUAUGACUCAGAUGCAGCCAGUGCAGCUCACUGCAAACUCAACCAGCUCAGCACUCAGGUCCUCAGAGAGUCCAACACCAGUGAUAGAGACCAAUGAAGGCACCUCAGUUGAACUUGCACGGCCAUCCAAGACGGUUUCUAGAUCCCGUGUUCGGAAUGGGUCCUCCGAACGAGUCGUGUGUCCAAACUGCGGUAAAUCAUUAGCUUGUGGGGCCAACCUUGCAGAACACAUGCGUACCCACACAGGUGAACGCCCUUUUGUAUGUGACGAGUGCGGUGCAUCUUUCGCAGCAAAGUCCAAUCUAAGAACACACAAGCGGCUGCACACUGGUGAGAGACCUUACAUGUGUGGUGUGUGUGGUAAAACUUUCUCCCAGAGCUCUCACCUUCCAAGUCACAUGCGAGUGCACACCGGAGAGCGCCCAUACCAGUGCCAUGAGUGCCCUAAGUCUUUCUCUUCCAGCACCACUUUACGUAACCAUGUCAGGAUUCAUAAAGGAGACUGCCCUUUCAAAUGUGAGUCCUGUGGAAGAGGCUUUGUGUGUAAAUCAUGGCUUCAGGACCACUACAAAGUCCAUACGGGUGAGAAGCCUUUCCAGUGUGACAUUUGCAACAAGUGGUUCAAGGAUAAGUCUUACAUAACCAAACACAAAAUGAAAUACUGUGGUAAUGACGGCUACAAGAAGCGUUGGAGAAGACCAGGUGUGAAAAAGCCGCCCGGGAGAAAACCAAGUGCAGUGAAUCAAACAAAAGUCAAAUUCAGUGAAGAGGAAGAGGCUGACCAGUCCAAGAGGCCAAGAGGUCGACCCAAAGGAUCCAAAAACAAAAGGAACAGGAAAAGGAAAGCCAAAAGUGUGCGGAAGAAAAAGACAGUGUCAGCCACUGAUUCAGAUGCAGAGUUUGAGGAACUUCUGAAGGAGCAGGAAGCUGAUGAGUUAGAACUGCCCAAGAUGGAGACAAUUCCCUCCAACUCAGAGGAGCAACCAGAGCUGGAACUUCUUGAUCAAUCCCAGCUGCAGCAGACAGACGACCAGGACCAAGACUACCAGCACCACCAGUACCAGUUUGAUCCCACUGAGGACCCCUUACACAUAGAACCAUCCUCAGUUAAGCAGAAUGAGUCCCUUGCACUGCCUCAUAUCCCUGUCGUCCAGCUUCACGUUGCCAUGCCCCACACACAGCUUCAUGUUCAGCAGCUUCAGGACAGUCACCUCCAUCACACGCUACACCAGCCACAGGAUCUCGUACAAACACAAACGAGGAAUCAUUCGCAAAAUUUAAUCCAGUCUCACAGUCAUAUGCAACCCCAAAAUCUUGUUCAGCCUCAAAAUUUGGUGCAGCCCCAAAAUUUAGUUCAACCCCAGAAUUUAGUUCAACCCCAAAACCUUGUGCAACCUCAAAAUCUUUCACAAGCACAAAAUCUCAGUCAACCUCAGAAUUUAUCUCAGCCACAGAGUCACUCACAGCCUCAUAAUCUUUCGCUUGCACAGAAUUUGUCUCAGCCCCAAAAUCUCUCUCUUAGUCCUAAGCUGCUGCAAUCAUCAAGUGUUCAUCAGCCACAAAAUCUCUCUCAGCCACAGAAUUUGUCACAGCCACAAAACCUAUCCCAGUCUAACAACAUGCCACACAACUUAUCUCAGAACCAAACACUGUCUCAGCCACAGAACCUCUCUCACUCCCAUAGCAUGUCUCAGUCACCUAAUAUGAACCAACCCCAGAACUUGUCCCAGCCUCAGAACUUAUCCCAGAGUGACAAUUUAUCACAGCCACAAAAUCUCUCUCAACCUCAAAAUUUGUCUCAGCCUCAGAACUUAAGUCAGACUCACGUGUCACUUCAGGAGCACCUAACGCAGCUGGAGCACCAGCCUCAGGCCAUACACAUGGUUUACUACAAUGCCUGAACUGUUGGUGAACAAAGACUUGGUGACAGAAUGGGUCAACUUUUCACACACUGGCUAAGCUUAGACAAACUUUGUAGUAGUGUAUCAUCAUAUGACGUAUUCAUAUUUAAUGGAGAUCAAGAAUUCAUUGAAAUUAAUUAUACUGAAAGUUACAAUAUUUUAUCUGUGAAAUUUGACUGAUAUUAAAGAUGACUGAAACACAGAACCUUUCAUGCAAAGUUUGUCUGUCUUGUGAAAAAUCCGAUACCCGUUGGGCUUUUCUGAUUACUCUUAUAUCCUCCUUAUUUGACUUACAUGUGUAGAAUCUAUUUUUGAUGCAGGAUUUAUGCAUAUGCUGUCAGUACAUAAUGAAAAAUUAUGUAGAAAAUUAAGGUUUUGUUAACUCAUGAAUUAUUAAGUGCUGGCAACCUUUAUGCCUCUUUGCAUGGGAAGUUACUGGAGGUCCAUCAGUGCUAUAAUGCUAUCAAAAUUUUGUCACCCAGCAAGUGACCCUCCACACUGUUCAUGGCCAAUAAGAAUUUAUUAUAGAAUGGAUGAGUUCAUGAAUUUGUCAAAAUGGUGGCCCCUGGGCUGAAAAAAUUAAAAUCUGGAAGAGAAGAAAGGCUACAAGAACGUUGUAUUGAUGAUUUGGGGAUACACACUGUGAGAGGUGUUGGUAAUAGUUACUUAUUCUAUGUAGGAUAAGUCUGCAACAUUUUUCAAAUACACUGUACUUGCAAACACAUCCAGUAGGCCUCAUGGUGUGAAAGAGCAAAAAAAAUGAUUGGGUAAGGACUGAACAAUUUGUCUCAUUUGUUCCAGUGACAUUCUGUUUUUACAAUUGUGGUUUCAUAAAGUGACUUGCUUCAUUUUAUGGCUCAUGUUCUUUCAUCAUCAUCAACACUUGUUAUUUUGCACUUUAUCACCUAUGAUUGAGAUGCUUAGGUAAUUUUUGUUUCUUAUUUCAGGUAUAUAUAUGACAAGCCUGAGAUUUUUUUUUUUUCUAAUCUCAGGUGAACAUGACUUAAUAUCUUAUAUUUUUAAUAAGUUUUCUUAUAAUCAUAGUGAUAUUUAGACCUUACUUUCUUGUAGGUUCUGACUCCUGUUAACUGAAAUUUUAAAGAGGCAGUGGACAUGGCAGGAGAGACACUCACCAUUCCUUUCACUUUUCAAAGUUUGCUAAAAAUGAGACACCAGUUGGAUGUCAAGCCUUACCUGACAUAAAUACCAUCUGUUAAUGCCAUGCAAACAUCUCAGGAUUGAUUUAACUAAACAUAAUUAUAGAAGCAUUCAUGCAUUGCUAGCAUAUAUAUAUAUAUAUAUUUAAUACAACGUAUAACAUUCCUAUUUUUUUUGCCGAUGCAUGAUUGAUAUAAUUGGGUGAAACUACAAGUAAAUGGGCAAAAGAUACUUUGGGCCAUUAGAAAGGUUAUUAAUACAUAUGAAAUUUUCUGAGAAUCAUGUAUUAAUGAGUGAUAUUCUAUUAGUGAGAGAAAGGAAAGCUUUGGUCUAGUGCUGUGUAUGUAUUGGUAUUUUACAUGAGUUCAUUUUGCACUGUAACCCUGCCUGUUUCCCAUCUUCUUUUUCUCAAAAUUGCUAGUGAUGUACUAUAGCUUCACGUCAAAAAGUUUGAGACUCCAAAAGGAGAAAAAUAUAAUGUGAAUAAUGAGAGAUUUGUAAGAGCAUUUUAUUUGUAGUUUGCUUCAUAAGUAUUGAAGCAUUAGGCACUUAAAUGAAGGCAAUUCGUUUAAAAAAAUCUUUUUGAAUACCUACACAAAAAAAUGUUUUCCAUGUUUAUCAACUAUAGCUCUGUCCUCCUGUAUUACCACACUGUAUCUCACACCAGUACUUGGUCAGUUUGAAGGGGUGGAUAAAUAAUCUAUAGUGAGAUAUACAUCAUUAGUGAAAAUUUGUGAGACUAAGAGGAGAGAAGAAUUAUGUGAUUAAUAAUAUAUAAGAUAAUUUUAUCCAUUGUUUGGGUUCAUAGGUAAUGAAGUGACAUUGCAUUAGUGAGAGACAGGAGAGCUUUGGUCUUGUACUGCAAAUGCAUUUACAUAUGCAUUUAUAUUUGAUAUAGGUAAGUUAAUUUUGCACCAAAAUCAUAUUUGUUUGAAGCAGGGUUAUCACUGGAAUAGCUGUGUCUAAUCAGCGACUUUCCUAUGAGACUGAGCAGAGACUUAUUACAUGCAUAGUCUGUGAAUGUCAGCCCUGGCUAUACAAGCAUGUGACACACUACUCAGAAGUUGACCAUACUCAUAGGGUUGUUUCUGUAAGAGAAUCCUUAGUGGAAGAGGCCAAGGUGAUGCCCACAAAGCAUGUGCUAUGAGCAAGUUUUUGGAUCCUGCCAUGAGUUCCUAAAGAUGGGAAGGUUGCCUGCUUGGAAACAUUCUCUAAGAGACUUCCGGGGUUAGUUUUAUAGGGUGGGUGAGGCAAUGCCUUUGCCAGUGUAUGUUUAUGUUUAAAUAAAUCAAUGGUUGUGGAAGGUAUGGUUAAAAAUGUAUUAAGCCAUGAAAACUUAUUAAGAGUUGGACCAUAAAAGAAGUUUCCCUCAUUGAUUCACCCAUUACUACAGCUGUACACACUUGGUCUGUAGUAUGUAUUGUAUUACCUGCAUGGGGUCAGGAUGAGAGGAGAGGUAUGAAGAGAAUAAAAUGGUUCAAUUGUGAUGGCAGUGAGGGAAGGACAUUAGCAUACAUCAGUGGACACUUGGUCAAACUUCAAAGUGAUUGAUAAGUCAAAAAUGUACCACAUAUCACUGGUCCAAUAUGCAUGUUGAAAGGUAAAUGUGCACCUGACAAUUUGGUUAAAUGUGAGACUGGUACUGAAAACAGUGACGGGUGAAAGUGUCCAGACUGAAAUAUGCAAAUGGGUUUCUGUACCACACUACAAUUAUGGACUAAAUAAUAAUUGAUCCAGGCUUAUUAAUCUGUACAAAGUUUAGAUAAAUAUAUCUUUAGCAUCACCCCUGCAUCCAGUCGCCCAUAAACUCACCUCGUUGCUAUUAUCGCUAGCCGUUCCCUCCCCCUCCCAUUCCCUAGGGAAGGACAUUGUACAUUUUACAGAAUCCUCAUCUCAUUAAUAACUAGUAAUUUUUAUAAUGGCAUACGUACAGCGUGCUACAGCCAUAUAUAUAAUGCUGGACAAUUUCAGUGACACUAAUCUGUAACUAUUUCUUAAUAAAUUUAUAUGGAAAGAU